AUGAUAAGUUUCUACGAUGAAUUACUGCUACCAUUUCUAUAUCGAAUGCCAAAUUUAGAAAAGCUUGCUUCAUAUUUUGUUGUUGAACGCAAUAAAUCGUUCAUUGAUGGUUAUCAGUUGAAAAGAGAUAUUAUUAAUAAAAUGCCACAAUUGAACCAAUUUUUAUUUAGCAUUUGUUCAAUUAUUGAUCUUAAUAAUGAAAUUGAUUUACCCACAAAUGAAGAUAUUCAAAAUACAUUCAGAGAUUUUAAAAACAAUCAAAUUACAUCUUAUAUUAAUUAUUUUCCAGAGUCGAAGAAAGGUAAAUGCCAAAUUUAUUCAUAUCCAGUUACAAUAAGACGUGAUGAAUUUAUUGCAAAUAAUUUUCCAGACGGAAUAUUCAAAUGUGUUCGUCAAGUAUCAUUAUUUGAUGAACGUUCUUUUGAACAUGAAUUUUUUCUUCGACUUCAGAAAGCAUUUCCAUUUAUGAAUAGUUUAUUGGUAAAUAAUAAAAAAGCACAAACUAACAAAUUAUCAUCUGAAUCAAACAAUAACAAUCAUCAAUCAUUGAAUAUCGUUAUUUAA